GUAAUCACAGCUGGGGAUAGUAGCUGAAAAGGAAAAGUUCAGCACGCUACGUUAUGUCAUGAAACUUGGCUCCUAUACCUAGUGCUAUAUUAUUAAAUUGUUUGGCAUUGUUAAAUAGGUUGCUUUUAAAUACUAGACAAACUCUGUAGCCAAGUCUGGGAAAACAACUUGGUUUCUUACCAGGAAGGGGACGAGGAGUCUGGGAUUUGACUAAUGAGGAAUUUUAUUCAAUUAGUGCUGCUUAGUAUAUUGCCAGUGCUACCGCGUUAUUGAAAGCUGAUUACUGACCACACUGCAAGGACUCUCUUACCAGUGAAGCAGCAUUGACUGAUCAAUUCCUCGACAGGAGACCAUGGCAAAGAAGGUGGCAGUGAUUGGAGCUGGAGUCAGCGGCCUGGUCUCACUGAAGUGCUGUGUGGAUGAGGGACUGGAACCCACUUGCUUUGAGCGGACUGAAGAUAUUGGAGGGCUGUGGAGGUUCAAAGAAAAUGUUGAAGAUGGCCGAGCGAGUAUCUAUCAAUCUGUCAUCAGCAACACCAGCAAAGAAAUGUCCUGUUUCAGUGACUUUCCAAUGCCUGAAGACUUUCCAAACUUCCUGCACAAUUCUAAGCUCCUGGAAUAUUUCAGGAUUUUUGCCAGAAAGUUUGAUCUUCUAAAAUAUAUUCAGUUCCAGACAACCGUCCUCAGUGUGAGAAAACACCCAGAUUUCUCAUCCUCUGGCCAAUGGGAGGUUGUUACUGAGAGCAACGGCAAGAAGCGAAGCGCUGUCUUUGACGCAGUUAUGGUUUGCAGCGGCCAUCACAUCCUCCCUCACAUCCCACUGGACUCCUUUCCAGGUAUUGAGAAGUUCAAAGGCCAGUAUUUCCAUAGCCGCCAGUACAAGCACCCAGAGGGAUUUGAGGGGAAACACAUCCUGGUGAUUGGACUAGGAAACUCGGCCUCAGAUAUUGCCGUUGAGCUGAGUAAGAAGGCUGCUCAGGUUUUUAUCAGCACCAGACAUGGUUCCUGGGUCAUGAGCCGUAUCUCCGAAGACGGCUAUCCCUGGGACAUGGUGUUGCACACCCGGUUUAUCUCCAUGCUCCGAAAUGUCCUGUCACGAUUCAAAAUAAUUCGAAAAUGGAUGAUGGAACAGCAGAUGAAUCGGUGGUUCAACCAUGCAAAUUAUGGCCUUCAGCCUCAAAACAAACAUCUCAUGAAAGAACCUGUAGUAAAUGAUGAUCUUCCAAGUCGUAUACUCUAUGGAGCCAUCAAGGUGAAAUCAAGAGUGAUAGAGCUCACAGAAACUUCCGCCAUCUUUGAAGAUGGAACAGUGGAGGAGGAUAUUGAUGUCAUUGUCUUUGCAACGGGAUAUACUUUCUCUUUUCCCUUCCUGGAAGAGUCACUUGUUAAAGUAAAGGAUAAUACGGUCUCACUGUAUAAGUACAUGUUCCCUCCUCACCUGGAGAAGUCAACUCUGGCCUGCAUUGGUUUCAUCCAGCCCCUAGGCUCCAUUUUCCCAACUGUUGAACUUCAAGCUCGUUGGGCAACCAGAGUUUUCAAAGGCUUGUGUACCUUGCCCUCAGAGAGGACUAUGAUGGCGGACACUAUCAAGAGGAAUGAAAAAAGAAUAGAUCUGUUUGGAAAGAGUCAGAGUCAGACACUGCAGACCGAUUACAUCAACUACUUGGAUGAGCUCGCUUCAGAGAUAGGUGCGAAGCCAGACCUCCUGUCUCUCCUGCUAAAAGAUCCCAAACUGGCCAUGAAGCUCUAUUUCGGACCCUGUAACUCCUACCAGUACCGGCUCACUGGGCCUGGGCAGUGGAAGGGAGCCAGAAGUGCCAUUGUCACUCAGAAAAAGAGGAUACUGAAGCCUUUAAAGACACGGGCACCAACAACCUCAUCUAAUUUCCUAGUUUCCUUCCUGUUGAAAAUCCUGGGGCUUCUUGCUAUUUCUGUAGCCUUUUUUUUCCAGCUUCAGUGGUUCUAAUCUGUCGGAGUAAGGCUUUUGACUUUAGUGUCAGUCAGCUCCUCUUUAAAAACAAAAAAGGCUAAAAGAAAAAAUAUUAAAUCUAGAUUCUGUUUCAGAGCUGAUAGGAACAGAGAGGUGGUUGUAGAGAAUUAGCAGAAUUAGGUCCAUGUAAAACACCACAAUGGCGUCAUGAAAUUUCUUGGCCAUUCCAACCUUUCCUCAAGUUCGCCAGAUUCUCUAAAAGGACAAAUAACAUGGCCAUGUACAUAGUGCUGCCAGCCCUUACAUAACACAGUUGUGUGGAAAAAAAUAGAAAUGCACAGAAUGAAAAGCAGGCCCCAUGGCUUAAAACAUUGGGAAAUUUCAACAGUGAGUAAAUAUCUAAUCCCCUGCGUGAUGCUCUUAAUAGUCCCCUUACCCAGACUGUAUUUGGUAACAAAGUCCUUGGGUGUUACGUCAUGCUCCAUUUGCUUAGUGGGGCAUUGCUCAAAAGUCCUGGAGAUAACAAUGAGAGGAUAGACUCAAAAAACGAUGGCAAUGAUGUGACAGACUUCUAGUACCUCAUGUUGAAAGCUGAGCCAAUAGUCACGUUUCUGAUACUUUGACAUAAAACCACUGUAAAAAUAAAAAUAAACAUGCCAUAAUAGCUA